AUGCCACGAGUGUAUUGCGCAGUAUACGGUUGCUUUAACUCGUCUAUUACAAACCCGGAGCUUUCAUAUUUUCGACUUCCUGCUGAUGCUGAAAGACGUUCCAAAUGGCUUCACUUAAUAUCUAGAGAAGAUUUGACGAACAAGCCGCCGCAGUGCUACACCGUUUGUGAAGCACAUUUCGAUGAUAUGGAUAUUUUAGCAGGAACGCAUCGCAAGAAGCUUAAAAAUAAUUCUUUACCAUCUCUUUGUUUACCGAUCAUACAAAAAAAAGAUGUACAAACUGAAACCGAGGCGCCGAAGCUGGUUGAAAAAUGUAUACAGACUGAAGAUACGCCACGUCUAGUUUACAUAAAAAUGUUGAAAGACGUCACUUCACUCAUCUUCAAGCAUACGGUGUGCUCCCGUUCCCACCUGACUCCUGAGCUAGUGCUGCGGCUGAUCACACCUUCCUGCCCACUGUGGAAGGCCAGGGAGGAAGAACUGCCUUUCAAGGACCCGUUCUGGGCCUUCUACUGGCCCGGAGGACAAGCGACAGCGAGAUACAUUCUCGACAAUAAAAUUAUAAUGGCAAAUCGACGCGUCAUCGACAUUGGAUGUGGUUGCGGAGCAGGUGCCAUUGCUGCAGCAAAAAUGAAGGCUGAAUUUGUUAUGGCAAAUGAUGUUGAUGAAAUUGCGACAGCAGCGUCAUUGAUCAACGCAGAACUGAACGAAGUAUCCAUACAAACCAGCUCGGAGAAUUUCAUCGGGACCCAGUGUGAAGGAUUCGAUACGGUUCUCAUAGGAGACAUGUUCUAUGACGAGGAGUUCGCUAACCUGCUCUUCGACUGGCUCAGAAGUCUCAGCUCUGGAGGUAAAAUGGUAUUAAUCGGAGAUCCAGGGAGGCACGGCCUAACAGAAAAGCGUCGUAAACACUUAAUACUCCUAGCGAAGUAUGAUCUGCCACAAGUUAGCUGUAUAGAAAACCAUGGGUUUAUGGAAACUUCGCUAUGGAAAUUAAAAUGA